UCACAAAGUUUAUCAUCAACAAGUGUGACAAUUCCUCCACCCAUUGAUUUGGAUUACAUCUUUGAGCAAAUGAUGACAAUUGGAAGGCCUCAAACUGGAAUGAGUACAAAAAUAACAGAACAAGAUAUCACUGAUUUGCUGCUUAAUGUCAAAGAUAUAUUUAUGCAGCAACCUAUGAUGCUGCAAUUAGAUCCGCCAGUAAUAAUAUGCGGAGAUAUUCAUGGACAGUUUACUGAUAUGAUGCGCAUUUUUAAUAAAUGUGGUUUUCCGAAUAAAGUUAAUUACCUUUUUCUUGGUGAUUACGUGGAUCGUGGAAAAAUGAGCCUGGAAGUGAUCGUUUUCUUGUUUGCUUGCAAACUACGAUAUCCAGAAAACUUUUUUUUACUGCGUGGGAAUCACGAGACGCAAUUAGUAAAUCGAAUUUAUGGAUUUUAUGACGAGAUUGUACGACGAUAUUUAUCCAUACCACUGUAUAUGUUAUUCCAAAGCGUUUUCAAUAUUAUGCCUUUGAGUGCAGUAGUGGGCGGUCGAAUACUUUGUAUGCACGGUGGCCUUUCACCUCAGUUAGUGAAAUCCAACAGUUUAAACAUUCUUCAGAGCAUAUAUCGACCGCUGCCUGAUCCACCAAAUCCGUCCCUUCCACUUGAUCUACUGUGGGCUGAUCCCAAUUCAAUGAUUGAUGGAUUUGAAUACAACGAUCGUGGUGUAUCACUUACCUUUGGCGCUAAAGUAGUCAAUGAAGUUUGCAAAAAGUUUGAUCUUGAUCUGAUUUGCCGGGCACAUCAGGUUGUUCAAGAUGGUUACGAGUUUUUCGCAAAUCGAAAAUUGGUAACAAUCUUUUCAGCGCCUCACUACUGUGGGCUAUUUGAUAAUGCUGCAGCUGUAAUGAUAGUCAACAAUCAUAUGCAAUGCUCAUUUAAAGUUUGA